AUGGCUAACGCACUCUCCAGGCCCUCUAUCGCUCGCCUUCAGCUUUCACCCGCGAUAGAACUCACUGAGAUGGCCGCUGAAGAACGCCGUGUCGGUUCACCCUGUGAUGAGGAUGAUUCCGGACUCCAACUUCAGGAACUACCACUGACAACUGGCAACGGCACCGUCUUAUGCGACGUAUCCACCCCGUCCUAUCGUCCAUUUGUGCCACCAUUCCUCCGCCGCAAAGUUUUCUCCUCCCUGCACAAUCUCUCUCACCCUGGUAGUCGAACGACCGACAAGCUGGUUUCCGACCGCUUCGUCUGGCCUGGGAUGCACAAAGACUUCAAAGCAUGGACACGGGCUUGUAUCGCCUGUCAACGGAGUAAGAUCCAGUGGCACAGCAAGGCCUUCAUUGGCACCUUUCCCGGCCCUGGUUCAAGGUUCAGUCACGUUCACCUGGACAUUGUAGGCCCCCUGCGUCUGUCCAGUGGUUUUUCCUAUCUCAUCAUCGGUUCACUCGGUGGCCUGAAGCAAUUCCCCUGUCUGAGAUUGCUGCUCCAACGGUGGUCAAGACUUUUCUCAGUCGUUGGGUUGCUAUCUUUGGUGCACCCUCCACAAUCACGACUAACCGUUGUACCCAGUUUGAGUAUAACCUCUUCCAGUCUUUACUCUCCUUUUUAG